CUGAAUAAGAAAGGAUGCACAUUGUUUCACGUUGUAAAUAAGUCUAUAACCCAUUUUUCAAAUAUAACACGUACAAAACUAAACACAUGACAUUUAUUCAUCGUUUGCAUCCUAAGAAUAGCUUUCCAGUUUCUUUAACCUCCCACAUACCUUAUUCGCAGCUACCAUUUCUGCACUUUCAACCGGUUCACUCUACGCCGACUUUCGGGAUGGGGUUUCAAAAGAAGGCCAUUAUCAUCGACGCAAAAGACCAUUUACUUGGGCGGCUUGCGUCGAUUGUCGCAAAAACUUUACUGCAAGGGCAGAAGGUCGUUGUCGUUCGCUGCGAGGGGAUAAAUAUUUCUGGCUCGUUUUACAGGAACAAACUUAAGUACCUGGACUUUUUGCGCAAACGUAUGAGUACCAAUCCUUCUCGAGGUCCUUAUCAUUUUCGUGCUCCCGCAAAGAUUUUCUGGCGCACUGUCCGUGGAAUGCUUCCGCACAAGCUUCAUCGUGGUAAAGAAGCCCUUGAUCGCCUUAAAGUGUUUGAGGGUGUUCCCCCACCCUAUGACAAGAAGAAGAGAAUGGUCGUGCCGUCUGCGAUGCGUGUAAUGCGUCUGAAGCAGCGCCGGAAGUUUUGUGUUUUGUCCCGCCUAUCCCAUGAGGUUGGUUGGAAAUACAAGAAUGUCAUUGAAAAAAUGGAGAAUAGGCGCAAAGCAAAGGCUGCUGUUUGGUACAAAAAGCAGAAGUUGCACCAGAAGUCUCUGGAAACUGCCAGGGGACGAGCACGUGAGGCUAUCGCACCUUACCAAGCCAUCCUAAAACAGUAUGGUUACAGUUAGCAGAAAUAAAACGUGCAUUCAUUGCUUUGGUU